AACAAACGCUGGGCCAAUCACAGAGCGACAGCUCGGUCAGCUGACCGCAACUUCCGGUGAAGUGUUGUGUUGUCAAGAUGGCAGGACACGAACAUCAUCACCACUUGUCUCUGUGUUUCUGUGAUUUAAUGAGGUUGUUGUGGUCCCUGGUGGUCCCCUGCGCCUACCUCAGCCUGCUCCUGACCCUCGUCCUGCUGCUGCUCCUGCUGGGGGUCCGGAUGUGGCUGCAGGGCCGCCGCAAGGCCCGCCGGGCUCGGGACGGUGGACCCGCGGUGGCCUUCUUCCACCCGUACUGCAACGCGGGAGGAGGCGGGGAGCGGGUCCUCUGGUGCUCCCUGAGGGCCCUCAUGCACCGUUACCCCGGCAUCUCCUUCGUGGUUUACACGGGUGACCAGGGAGUGACUGGCGAGCAGAUUCUGGAGGGAGCCCGACAACGUUUCAACAUCACGCUGCCUCGAUCAGUCACCUUCGUCUUCCUGCAUCACCGUUCGCUGGUGGAGGCCAGCUCCUACCCUCACUUCACCCUGCUGGGACAGAGUGGCGGCUCCAUGUUCCUCGGCUGGGAGGCAUUGACAGCCUUCGUUCCCGACCUGUAUGUGGACUCGAUGGGCUACGCCUUCACUCUGCCCAUCUUCCGCUACCUGGGAGGCUGUAAGGUGGCGAGCUACGUUCACUAUCCCACCGUCAGCACCGACAUGCUGUCUGUGGUCAGAGAGAGGAACCCCAGAUUCAACAACGCUGACUUCAUCUCCAGAAACCCGGUGCUGAGCGCAGUGAAGGUGGUGUACUACUGCUGCUUCGCCCUGCUCUACGGCCUGGCCGGCUCUUGCAGCGACGUCAUCAUGGUGAACUCCACCUGGACGCUGGGUCACAUCCUGGCUCUGUGGCGCUCGCCGAGCCGCACCAGCAUCGUCUACCCGCCCUGCGACGUCAGGGCCUUCCUGGACAUCCCGCUGGACGAGGAGGAGGAUGAAGAGGAGGUGGAGGAGGAAGGCUGGGAGGAGCUCGGACGGGAGGAAGAGGAGGGAAGGGACAGGAAGUGCCACUCCAUCGUGUCGGUGGGUCAGUUCCGGCCGGAGAAGGACCAUCGGCUGCAGAUCAGGGCGUUUCACAAACUGCUGGGCAGGAAGGAGGGCGGGCCCGGGGGGCGGGAGUCUCUGCGCCUGGUGCUGAUUGGUGGAUGCAGGAACCAGGAGGAUGAGGAGCGGGUGCUGAUGCUGCGGGGUCUGUGUCAGGAGCUGGGCGUGACCGACCGCGUCGACUUCAAACUCAACGUGCCCUUUGAGGAGCUGAAGAGAGAGCUGGUGGACGCCACCAUCGGUCUGCACACCAUGUGGAACGAACACUUCGGUAUCGGUGUGGUGGAGUGUAUGGCUGCAGGCACCAUCGUUCUCGCUCAUAAGUCUGGAGGUCCGAAGCUGGACAUCGUGGUGCCAUACGAAGGCGGACAGACGGGCUUCCUGGCCGACAGCGAGGACAGCUACGCCGCUUCCAUGGAAACCAUCCUGGCGCUGUCUCCGUCGGCCAGACUGGAGAUCCGACGUAACGCCCGGCGCUCUGUGGAGCGAUUCUCCGACCAGGAGUUUGAGGCUUGUUUCCUCGCUGCCAUGGAGUCUCUGAUGGGUAAACUGGAGCGAUGAAGAGGAGCAGACGAGGCCCAGCGUCCACCAGGGACCAGGACUUUAAUUUAAAUGCAUUCUCGAGCACAGAUUUUUGUACUGAAGCAGCGAGGUCAUGAAGUGUGACACACAACAGAGAAAGAAGGUGACGUUAUAAAGAGGAGUCCCUGGUGGACGCCCACAGAUAAAAUGUUCUUCAUAUCUGCUGUUAUCAAUCAGCAAACACAGAAUACAUUUCCAGUGACUCUGCAUGUGUCAAACUCACAACGACUGUUCACCAAACAAACAGAAACAUGGAGGAGCAGCAGAGACGGAGGCUCCUCUGCUCACACACAGCUCACAGGGCUGAUUGUCUGUCAGGGUGUAAACGGGGUGAGUUUCUGCUGCAGCUCCAGAGACUCAGAGAAGCAGAUCCUGAACUUUAAAUGUAAAACAUAAACGUUACAUGUGUUCACCAUCAAACUGUCUUUGUUAAUGUGUUGAAGUGACUUCAGCCAAAAGCUUAGAAGAGAUCUCAAGCUUCAGGAAACUUUCUGUUAAAUCACAUUGUUCACCAGUGGGAUGUGACAUUUCCAAGUUGAAGUACUUUGAGAUUUGAGGAGUUUGUUUUCUUAGCUGGAUGAGAAUAUCGUCAUUGCCUUUAUAUCUCUGUUAUACUUGGUACAGGAGCUGUUGAGCUUAGCUUAGCACGAAGGCUGUGAGCAGAGGGAAACUGUCAGCCUGCAUACAUCUAUCUGUGCUGAAGCACGUGGGGGGAGCAGAUGGAGCCACUGGUCUGUGUGGGUUCAUGAGAGGAAACAUAUUAAUAUAUACACAGUGUAUUAACAUAUUUCUCCUCCAUUGAAGCAACAUUGUAAGUUGUGAUGAUUGGUCUUUGUGGUAUUUGUCCCUCCUCUACUAUGAUUGGACGGCUGGGUCACUAGAAAAAACGCCACCAAAGACGCAGCACUCAAAGCCUUGUUGCCCCGCUGGUGUCUGUAGUAGAUUUCUAAAUUCGUGUUGCUGCCGUUGCAGAGAAUUAGGUCCCGUUUAUACGACAACGAUUUCAACUGAAAACGGUAAACUUAAGUUACGUUGUGGCUGAUUGUUUACACGACAACGGCGUUUUGGGUGCCUGAAAACAUUUUGAAAACGGGUUCCAGAGUGCUUUUUUUUUUUUUUGGAAACAGCACUAUCUCCGUUGUCAUGUAAACUUGCAAUAUGCAGUUCCUCUGAAAACAGAGACUUUUCGCACAUGCUCAUUACGCUUCCAGUCACCAGGCAUGCGCGAGAAAGUCGACCAUCAAAAAAACAAUGGUGAGCUCUGUUUGUGCUGCUCACCCUGUUGAAUUUAUCAACGCUUCCCCAUCGUAGUGUAGAUUUACUGUAGCAACCCCACCUCGUCGUCCGUCCAGACAAACGUUCAUGUGGUUGCCAUUUUGUUUGUUUAUACAGCACGGCUCUGUAGAAGGAAGCGUAAGCGUCACACCGCCAACUACUGGCCUGGCAUGUAUACUGCAGCACUUUUGGUCAUUUUUGCGGAUCCGUGUGCACGCCGUUUGUUAUCAAAACGUUGUUGUCUAAACGCAGAACUUUUUUCAAAACGAAAAUGAGAAACGAUUCUGUUUUCAGUGGAUCGUUUUCGUGUAAACAUGGCCUGAACAAAAUGCACUUCAUAGGUUUAGAAGCUUCUCUAUCUCUACUUGUGUUUAAAUACGUAAGAUACAACAUGUUAAUCAGACAGCUCUUUUGAUUAUGCUCGGCUAUCAGUUUCCCCCUGCUUCCAGUCUUUGUGCUAAGCUAAGCUAACACAUGUUGGACAUAUCUGGAAGUGAAUCUUCUCAUCAGACUGUGAAGCAUAUUCACUUCCCAAAUGUUCCUUUAAGGUGUUAAAUUAAAUUGAGAGUUACAUUCCAAAUAUCUUUUUGUUCGACACCACUGACGUGUGAAGUUAUUCAGAUUUUAAUUAUAGUUAUUUAUGAAGAUGGUAGUAUUCGUAAUGAUUCCUAAAUAGAUGUGAAAGGGUUUGUGAUGUUAGUUUUCCUGACAGAGUCACUGAAAUGAAGAUGUUUUUUUAUGCACUUUGAAGAAGCACUUAAGUGUGUUUGGGUUUAAGGUGACGGCCAAAUCAAUUUUUAUUUAAAUGUAGUUUCACUUCCUGCAUUCCUGUUUGUAACGAGGUGGAGGCACAGAGAUGUGAAAGUGUGUGAAAUAUUAAGGAAUCUUUAUUUUGAAAGACAUUGUUACUGUUUAAGGUUGUUAAUGUAGAAAUAAGAUUCAAAUACUGCAAUAAAUACAAUCAUCAACACUUCA